UCACCGUGCCUCAAGACCAUCUCGCUCGACUCGGUCACAACCGUGAGGUCGCAACCCGUGCACUUGGGUCGCUACGUGCGUCGAUGGAUCGCCGCCGGCGUCGAGCGCGUCAUGAUCCCAAACACCUCCUUGGGCGUCGAGAGUGUGAUUGCGAUCGCCAUGGCGCUCUGUGACACGUAUCGGUCUUCGCGGUUUGUGCUCUAUAUUGCCGACGGCAGCCUGAUUAUGGCUUCCUACGCCGCGCUUUUGGACGCGCUUGCAACGUGCUCUAACGUCACGCUCGAGGUGUUUGAGCGCCGCCCGCUCAUGCGCCAAGAGAUU